AUGGCCGGCCCCUUGCGCCUACGGCCACCCGGGGCGGAAGGCUGGGGCGGCGAGGCUGGGAGGGCGAGGCUUGUGCGCGGCGUGGCGAGCUGCCCGAGGCGAUUUGGGGCCGUCCGAUUGCGGGGAUGGCUGGUUGCCUGCGCCGUCGCGCACGCGAGGGGCGGGCCCUGCGACCUGGCCGAAGACCCAGUCAGGGCCACCAUGACCCUUCUAGACUGGUCAGAAAUAUGCAAGCAUGUUGCUCAAUUCACUUGCACCGAGCAGGGGAAGCACUUGGCACUGGACUUGACUGUUCCCACAAGCGCCCAUGAGAGCAUCAUGCUAAAGGAUGAGACGCUUGCGGCUGCCACGUUGGAGUAUGAGCUCCGAAUACAAUUGGAUUUUGGAGGCAUCUCAACAGACUUGGUGCAGGAAGGACUCAGUAGAGCCAAGCGUGGUGGACUAAUGUCAGCAGAGCAGCUAUUGGCUGUCAUGACUUUGCUGAGGGGCGUGCAGGGCUUGAGGCAGAACAUCUUGGGGCCCACCCAGCGCAGCAUUGCCCCUGACGUGCUUCGGCGCUUGCAGCCCAUCCUGGCUAUGUGGAGAGGAUACUCGGUUCCUCCAGGUCUGGUGGAAGCCAUCGAUUCCACCCUGGAUGAGGAGCAUCAGAUUCGUGACUCUGCGAGUGUUGAGUUGCAGAAGGCACGCCUUCGGGUGGAGCGCCUGCGGAGCCAGCUGAAGAAGCUGCUCACCAACGUCAAGGGAGAGAUAACUGAGCGAUCAGGUUCUGCAUUGCUGUCUCUGGAGAGAUCCCUCCCAGGACAUUGCUGCUGGGAUCCAGCAUUGGGGGCGGCGUAUUCUAUGUCGAGCCACGCAAUGCGAUUCAACUGA